AUAAUAGAAAGGAGAUAUGAUGCUGUAAUGACACCAUUACUCAUGAUUCUCUGUGCACGUGCUUCAAGUAUCUGAUGACAUACAUGACACAUGUAUAUUCAAAUGUUUUACGUUGAAUAACUUUAAUGUAAUAAAAUAUAUAACUACGUAUAUAAGACUAUGUUUUGAUAGCUUCCUGUCAGUUGGUUGCGAUCAUCAUGGCUGCUGAGCACCAGUACUUUUAUGAAGAUGAAGUGUAUAGAAUUAAUAAGAAGGGUAAUAUUGAAUUUGGAAUGGUAUUGGAAAAUUCCGAGCUUGUUAGUAGCGACGAGAAUUCAGAUGUUGAAGAAGGGGGCAGGAUGAUGAAGGGACAUAUUCGUGUGGCAUGGCAUCCUACAGGAGUGGAAGAAGUCAUUCCAGAACGAAGGGUAUAUCUAGCAGACAGGUCAUUGAUGCCAGGAGAUGUUGUUAGGCGCAUGAUAAAAGGGAAAGAUACACAGCGUGGUUAUUGCAGAGACAUAAAAGUGACAGCCAGUGUCCAAGUUGUUGGGACAAAACAAGUAAUUCCCAACGUAAAAAGUGAAAACCUUAUCCCUUUAGAGGAAUUUGCAACGGAUAUAGCAGCAUGUCUGGAUUCAUGGGUUGGUGGAGUUAAGACAAUUCAUUCCAAGCUACUAAUCCAGUGCUCUGAUGGAUCGCGAUGCAUUAUUAAUGAUAUUGAAGCAAGCGGCUUGGAAGACUUUAAUGAAAAGAGGGACUGUGAUUGUGAGUUUCCAGGCCACCGGGAUGAUUUCUACCCUGGUCAGACACUGUGGGGCCCAUUACAUUGUUUGGAAGAUGCCGAGUGGAUUCACUGUACAAAGGAACUCAAAGCCCAGCGAACCAAAGCCAACAAAAUCAUCAAAGUGGUAGUUGAAGAAGUGCAGACCCACUCAGUUGGAGUACAUUGGCAGUGUCGAGCCUACUCCAAAGAUGGUGCUGGUCUUGAGAAAGAGCAACCAAAAUUUCUUGUGCAGGGAGAUGACCUGAAAAGGCUUCGUUUACUGAACGUGUUUGAACCAUGCACUUUGCAAGUUGGUGAUCGUAAUUUCUACACUUUUCGAGAGGAUGACACUGUGAUCAUGAAAGAACAGUGGCGACGUUUGCAACGUGAUUGCAUAUUGGCUGUUACAAAUGGACCUGCUUCCACCCUGCAACAAAGCAAGACAGUCAGCCCAAAGAGGAAUAAGAGCAAAGACAGUUUAGUGGAUCCAUCAGAACCCACCAACCAAAACUGUCCAUCACAUACUGAUGUUCAGAGGACAGUUCAUAAUACCCAUUCUGCAACAAGUGUGCAGCCGCUGAUUCCAACAGUGGAAGUGACUAGCGCCAGUCUGGCACCAGGUUGUGAUGCAGAUACAGCUGUCGAGCAGUUUGAUGACUGGGACACUGAGGACACUGCAAGCAUGUCAGACACAGCCUCCAUCAGCAGUGGCUGCAGUAGUGUUGGCUCGCAAGGAAAGAAGAAACGUGGGCCAGCUCUCAUGACCAAAGUCCUGAAAAAGAAGAAGCUACGAAGAACCAGGAGACGAGCUCCUCUCAUCACGUUACAGCCAGGACAAAGAGUUGUGGUCGAGACACUUUCCACUUCCUCCACUGCUGACGUUGUCUGGCAGGAUGGUUCAGUUGAAUAUGGAAUUCCAUCAACUCAGCUUUAUCCUAUCCACCAUCUUGAUGAUCAAGAAUUCUUCCCUGGUGACUUUGUGAUUGAGAACAAGGAAGAAAGUUGUAUGAGAGUGUAUGGAGUUGUUCAAAGUGUAGACCAUGCUGGAAGGACAGCGACAGUCAAAUGGUUUAAAACCUACACCUCUCAGGAGGAACCUUGCCCUGCUAUGUUAGAAGAAAAUGAAGUAAGCGUAUAUGACUUAAAGGAUCACCCAGACUUUCAAUAUCGCCCUGGCACUGUUGUGAUCAGGGUGGCCAACUUUGAGGGUGAAGAUGCAAACUGUACAGCUGGUCAAGUUUUGGACAAUUAUCCAGAAGGAAUGGUGCGUGUUUGGUGGGUGGAUGGACAUGUUUCCAUGUCAUGGCCUCAGGAUUUGUACAAGGUUGGUGAAUAUGACAGCGAUGAGGGAGAACUGUGGGAUGAUGGUAGCAGUGAUGCCUCUUGGGAAACAGAAUCAGAAGAUUGUUUUAUUGCUGAUGAUGUAUGUCCUGAGGAAGAUUUAGAAGAAAUGUUAAAGCCAAAGUUAGCUGCAAAUAUAGAAAGAGCUCGAAUUGCCAUGUCUCGGCUAGAAGAGAUCUUUACACAGAAUCCAUCACUCCAGACAACGAGUGUCAUGCGACAGUUGCUUGAUGUUUAUAAAGACUGCAGGUACUUGGACAAGCUAAUGGGAACGUCAUUUUUUCAUGAGAGCCACUUUCAAGGUCUGCUAGAGCGCGUGAGGGAGCGUGGACGAGCCAAUGUGGCCCAGAGAGUUGCUGAUCAAGUCAGUAGGUUGUUCCAUCAGUCAGAUAUCAGUGAUCCCCUUCAUAGUCAAUUGAUAUGUAACAAUUCCCAUGAAGAUAACAAAUUUGGCAAUAGUGUCUCUGAUUCGGUUGCAAGUACUAUCAUUAGUAGUGGUAAAUAUUCUGAAGUGGGUGUGGCCAAGAAGCAGGAAGGUGUGAUACAGAACGUGUCAGAACUGAAUGCAUGGGAAGGGACGGGUAGACAAAGUACAGCCAAAGAAGUGAACAGUAUUUCUGUAUUGGAGCGCAGUGUUGAUAGGAACAGUGGAAGUUCAAGCAACCCUAUGGUGUUUGUUGAUGACUGUAAGUUCAUAUCUGUAUCUUCUGUAAAUAAGGACAGUGGUAGUGGCAGUAGUGCCAACAAAGACUUGUUUCCUUCAAGAGGAUUUCUUCUAAGUGAAAACUUGGUAAAUCUGGAACGACGUGUGGUCACUGCUGUAAAUAAUCAUAAUCUGAGCAGUCUCCAUGAGCCUGAUGAUGGUUUGAGGGAGAUUGUGAUGGAACAGCACAGUAUAGCUACUACCAAAUCAAGUGGAGGCAGUGGACAGAGGAACAGUGGGAACUACAACAAUAAGUUACAUUCACAGACUGAUGAGAAGGGCGGAGGAGUUGGAAGUAACACUACCAAACAUAAUGGGUGUUAUGGGUCUCCGGUCACUGCAACCGCGACAUCCGUGAAAAGCAGACAUGCCGUGUUUGCGAAUUCGCCUGUCCCUGUAGCGACAUCUUCUGAGCCCCGCAAUUCUAGGCAGUUGUCAGAUGUUGCAGGAACAACAAUGGGAACUCUAAGUGGUUCUCCAUUGUCUCUCUCAUUGGUGUCCAAUUCUCAUGUGUGUGUGAAACUUUGUUCUCUGAUCAAGGCUCAGCUUGUUAAAGCUCAUGGAGAAGUUACGCGUCGGUUUGGUGGUAAUCAAGGUCUUAUGACUCUGAGUGAUGCUUUUAAUACUCGAUCUCCGAUCGAUAAUGGUAGUCAUAAAGAUGAAAAUGAAGUUGAGGAUGAAGAAUGCAAAGAAGAUGUACCUGUAGGCAGGAAGAGGGGCAAAGAGACUCUUGUUCCAGCAGAGACCAGCAAACCAGAGCGGGCUUGGGAUUCGCCUGAAAUGCAUAAUUCAGAAACCGAACAAAUUAAACCGCAGUCAAGUUCAGUUGCGGCAUCAACAACUACAGAACUGCCUCUGCUGUCAGAGAAGGUAAAGGAUGGGCUAAUGGACAUGCUACAUGCAAUAUCCAGGUUAGGAGGUGGACAAGUUCUGCCAUCUCAGAAUCAGCCUGCUCGUGUCAAGAGUUCCGAUGCUGUAGAGAAAGAAGAAGUUGUGGCAGUGAGCACAACUGUUCCCAUUCCUGUUCCUGUGGAUGAUAAGGGGGACCAUGCAUGUGACACUGGAGAAGCAGUCAGUGGUGAAUCUUGUGGUGAAGGAUUCUCAAUUAUGGAUUCUGCCCCAAACAGCCAUAAGUUCAAGCUAACCAUGUUCCAGCCAACUGAUCCGCAGAACUUUUUUCGGACUGUUAGGAAGGAAAUCAAACUUCUUCGAUCAUCAUUACCACCAGGUAUAUGGGUGAAAGGAUUUGAGGAUCGAAUGGAUUUGUAUUCGGUAAUGAUUCGGGGACCAGAGAAGACUCCAUAUGAAGAUGGGCUGUUUUUCUUUGAUUUCCAACUGUCGGCUGAGUAUCCUAAGGCUCCGCCAUUGUGCCACUAUAUUAGUUACUGCAGUGAUCGCCUCAACCCAAAUUUGUACGAAGAUGGGAAGGUCUGUGUGAGCCUUCUUGGUACAUGGAGUGGGAAGGGCACUGAAAUUUGGACCCUCCACUCCAACUUACUCCAGGUCAUUGUGUCAAUCCAAGGCCUGAUCUUGGUGAGCGAACCGUAUUUCAAUGAGGCAGGUUAUGAAAAGCAGAAAGGAUCCCAGCAAGGCAAGGAAAAUUCAAGAAUGUAUAAUGAAAUGGCAGUUCUGAAGCUAGUACAGUCACUCACAAAACUUAUUCUGCAGCCUCCGCCGGUUUUCAAGGAGGAGAUUCUGCAACAUUUUCGGCAAAAUGCGUACAAGUAAGUAGUUAUGUGUUCAAGUUUUGCUUUGUGUGGGUUGUGAUUUGUUGACAAAGCAUUUGUGCAAAUAGAGAGGAAUCUUAGGGGAAUUUGGCAGAAGAUCUCGAGGCUACAUAGUUGGAAGCUUUUAAGGUCUUUCAGGGUAAUUUUAUACUUCUCAUUGUUUAUGGAUUAAUUAAGGCAACAGUCGUGUAAUUAUUCUUUCUGUUGUUCAUUAUGAUAAUCAUACAUGAAUUUCACCAAGAAAAUACAACUCUGCUGUUGGCUUGCAAAGCUAUAUUAAUAAAAUAAAAUUAUGGCCUGUAGUCAUUAAAUAGGAAUGUAGCUUACGGAGAUAUUCUGUAAUUGCUUUACCUGACAUUGGAAACAGUUCAGCGUGAUGAAAAAAUUGGUAAACACGUUGUU